AUUUUUACGGGCAGGCAGGCCACAUCCCCGAGUCCAGCGGCUUCCUCGACGACGACGACGACGACGCGCUGCCCCUCCCCACGCGCCUCAAAGGUCCCUUAUCCUCCACCGACGUGACCGCCCUCGCCUGCGGUGACUUCCACACCGUCGCGCUGACGCAUGCGGGGACGGUGUACACGUGGGGCGGCGGGGCGUUGGGGCAUGGAACGGAGUAUCAUGAUUCGAACGCGUACUGCUGUGCUGGCUGUACCUGUUGGGGAUGGAAGUGGAAGUGGGAGUGGGAAUGAGCAGCAGCCAGCGGAACUCUACGCAUGGGGCCACCUCGGCGCGCACACCGCCCUCAGCCCCGUGCUCAUCUCCCACGUCCUUCAACACCCCUUCAUGAACAACGCCGCACAUAUCGAGGCUAUCGCAGUGGGGGACGGCGUCGUCGGGAUCGUUGGGGUCGAGGAUACUCAACAACGUCGAUGCCUCAUCUUUGGCACAACACCGACAACCGACCCCGCAACAGGCAUAAAACCACCCGAUUACCCCGAAACCCGCCCCAACCCGCGUCUGGCAGAGGUAUGGGACGCCCCGCCCGUCGCGGACGUGUUGCUGGACGCUGUGCCAGUCAGAAAGAUAGCAUGUGGUGCCGAUUUUGGGGUCGCGUUGCAUGAGGGCGGGACGUUGGCGUUGUUCGAUAUCGGCCGGGAGGGUGCGGAGAGUCGAGAAGUGCUCACGGACGUAGCGGACGUAGCCCUCUCACCCACCUCAUUACUGGUACUGAAACGGGACGGGAGUAUCGUCGCGUGGGGUGCUGCCGCCGCUGCUGCCGAGACAUCCCCACCACCGGAAUCAAAACCCCAAAUGAAGACGAAAUGGUACUGGCCGUUCGGGUCCGGCUCGACUUCGACGGGGAGUGAUGCUGGGAGUGGGCUACACCCGCGUAUUACGGCGGUGAGGAUUACUGGGUCGCCGCCACGAGUUGUUGCAAGGAUGACUGGGGAACCCCAGGCGACAAGGGUUGAGGCGGGGUGGGAUCAUUUUGCGGUUUGGUGAACAUAAGUGGACCUGAAAUCAGAGGAGAACGAUGUCAGUAAUUCGACAUCAUCCCCGUCCUGUGGUGGAAAGUAUACCUGGUGACGGGCGUAGUUUGACAAAUAUAGAAUAGAAUGCUCGGAAACCG